AUGGAUAUAGUUGGUCCACAUGUAUUCCUAUACCUUAUUCUACUCCUGAAGACCUGUUUCUGCCUAUAUGAAGUAUGUGAUAGACGACCUCUAGGCACGAAUACAGAUCCCUUGCCACCCGACAACCGCUUCCUGAUUGAUGUGUAUGGUAUACGAGAGAACAUGUAUAUUCCGAAAGAAGAAUACUCAGUUCGUCUAUUUUCACGAGACGGAGUGUCUUCUUUCAUCGCCUUUACGAUAUCCAUUCGGGAGGACACUACGGAGAACAAGAAUAACCCCAGGAAGCCCAUCCUACUGAGUCCUGGCAAGUUGGAACCGCUACCAAACUCUAAUAAUACCAAAGUUCUGACUACUUGCAAUAACACUGUUAUACAGUCUGAUAUCACGCCGAAGACCUACGUUGAGGCCAAAUGGACGGCACCAGAAAAAGACAAUAAGUGCGUGACAGUCUUUGCUGUGGUGGCGGUGAGACCAGACGUGUGGUACAGCUUCGAAGGUCCAUUGUCUCAACGGAUCUGUGAGGACCGACGAAAGGCUGAUGAUAUGCAGCCGAUGGAAAAUUAUAACUGCCAAGUUUGUGAGGAUGCGAGGUAUAAGUUAAUAUUUGAAGGUAUGUGGUCGUACAACACCCAUCCCACGAUGUAUCCGCCAGCUGACCUAGUGGCCAGAUUUAGCGACGUGGUCGGUGCCUCUCACAGCAACGACUUCUCUCCUUUCAAGUAUAAUUCCGAUGCUACUGAUGGCCUGAAGCUUUUGGCUGAACAAGGAAACACUACCAAUUUGGAGGUCGAAAUAUAUCAAAGGCUAGGUACCGACGUCCGAACAGUAAUAAAAGCAAGAGCUCCACCAAGUACCAAUAUGAAGACUAUAUCCACCUUCAGAGCGAGUCGGAAGCACCACAUGGUCUCCUUAGCAACGGCCAUCGUUCCAUCUCCAGAUUGGUUCCUGGGAGUCGCCAAUUUCGAACUGUGUGACGCCAAAACUCACGAGUGGGCCAAUAAUGUCAUUUUCAACUUGUAUCCAAUGGACGCUGGGACGGAUAGUGGGAAGAAAUUUGAUUCCUCAAAUGAAGCGACAGCGCCACCUCAGCCAAUUUCGACUGCGAAAAUUGAUGCGAACAUUCCCAAAGAACAAUUGAAGCCGUUUGCAAGAUUAGUGUUUCAAUUGAUACGGACUUAUUACAACCCUAACUGCACGGAAGAUACGACUUUCACUGACGAAUCAGGUGGUGCGGGUGACAACGGUGAACAUACGGACGACGAAGGUUCUGAAGAAGGUGAAGUCACUAAGAAAGUGGAUUACCAACCAUCUCAACCAACUUCCACCACCAGCGAGGAGCCACCAUCAGUAGACCCAGAUUCAUCGCCUGAAUGUCCAAUGACUCCUUGGGAAGAGUGGCAAGAGUGCGCUGGCGAAUGCAUCGACAAUAAGGUGAACGGAUACCAAAUCCGAUUCAGAAAUCAUGUUGGGGAUCCAUCUCCCGAAUGUUUGAAGAUGCCUCUUACAGAUAUGCAAAAUUGUGAAGAAGAAUGCGCGGAAGAGCCAGCAGAAGGUGAAGAAGAGGAGGAGGAGGAAGAAGAAGAAGAAUAA